GAAGGGCGGGGUGCGGUGGAGCUUCUUCAAACAGGAACAAGGAAACAUGGUGCGGUGACAGAGCGGUCGGACCCACACAUAAAGAGCUGGAUUCUUCCAUUUUUUAAUUUCUUACCACUCAUCAGUAAAGAACACGUUUUUGGUGUGGACGACUUUGGAAAGGACCCUGACGUCAAUUCCGUCAAACACUGUUUGGAACCAGCGAUACUUGCAGCGUCAAAAUGACGACGCGCCAGGCUGGCACCCACGGGUCUAUGAGGCCCGAUGAUGAGGUCAUGCCAUACAGUGAUGAUGAGACGGACGAUGAGCUGGAUGUGAGCACAGAUGAGGAAGAAGAAGAACCGGUGCCAGGAGCCCCACCUCCCCCUGUGGAAGUUAGACCCACUGAAAUUGGCUGGAAGGUGAAAGCCAAUGACCGAGGCUUCCACCACCUGCCAGAAUUUGAAAAAAAAGUAUUCCUGUGCAUCAAGAAGAGCAGAUACUCUGGGAAUGCCAUCAAGACGUAUAAAUACAAUGUCUUCACGUUCCUUCCCCUCAACUUGUACGAGCAGUUUAAGAGGGUUGCCAACAUUUACUUUUUGGCUCUGCUCAUUCUACAGAGUAUUCCAGAAGUUACAACUCUGCCUUGGUACACCACCUUGAUCCCUCUGGUUGUGGUUCUGGGAGUAACUGCCGUCAAAGACCUGGUGGACGAUCUUGCUCGACACAAGAUGGACAAGGAGAUUAAUAAUAGGAAAUGUGAGGUUCUGCUGGAUGGCAGGUUUCAAGAGUCAAAGUGGAGACACAUCGAGGUUGGAGAUGUCAUUCGCUUGAAGAAAAAUGAUUUCAUUCCGGCGGACAUAUUGCUUUUGUCUAGUUCAAACCCAAACAGCCUUUGCUAUGUGGAAACAGCAGAGCUUGAUGGAGAAACUAACCUAAAGUUUAAGCUGGGACUUCGAGUAACUGAUGAAAGACUGCAGGAGGAACGUCAAAUGGCUCAGUUUGAUGCUUUGAUUGAGUGUGAGGAGCCCAAUAACCGUCUGGAUAAAUUCACUGGGGUGAUGCACUGGAAGAGAGAACGCUAUCCACUGGACCUGGACAACAUCCUACUCCGAGGCUGCAAAGUCAGAAAUACUGAAGAAUGUCAUGGAGUUGUCAUCUUUGCAGGUGCUGACACAAAAAUCAUGAGAAAUGGUGGAAAAUCGAGGUUCAAGAGGACCAAGAUUGAUGAGCUGAUGAACUAUAUGGUCUACACUAUCUUUGUUCUCCUGAUCCUGGUGGCAGCGGGACUUGCCAUUGGUCACAGCUUCUGGUAUGAGGAAAUCGGGUCCAAGGCCUGGUAUUUGUAUGAUGGGAGAGAGGACGGUACCUCCUAUAGAGGAUUCCUCAGCUUCUGGGGCUACCUCAUUGUUCUGAACACCAUGGUACCGAUUUCACUCUAUGUCAGUGUGGAGGUGAUCCGUCUAGGCCAGAGUAAAUUUAUCAACUGGGACCUGCAGAUGUACUAUGCAGAGAAAGAUACACCAGCAAAGGCUCGAACCACCACCCUGAAUGAGCAGCUUGGACAGAUUGAAUACAUCUUCUCAGACAAGACGGGAACACUGACACAAAACAUUAUGGUGUUCAAAAAGUGCACUAUCGCUGGGCGCAGUUAUGGUGACCCAACCACUGCUGAGGGAGUGCGUCUGGAUCGCGGAAAGCCAGUGGACUGGAGCUGGAAUCAGUAUGCUGACAAAAAGUUCCAGUUUAUGGACAAUUCCCUUGUCGCCUGUUUGCGAGCCAAGAAGGAUAAAGAGGCGAUCGAGUUCUUCAGACUCCUCUCCCUUUGUCAUACUGUCAUGGUGGAAAACAAGGAUGGUGAAUUGGUGUACCAAGCAGCGUCCCCAGAUGAGGGCGCACUGGUGACAGCAGCUCGGAACUUUGGCUUUGUUUUUCUUUCCCGAACUCAGGACACAAUCACUAUCAGAGAAAUGGAACAGGAGAAAACCUUCGAGAUGUUAGCGCUGCUCGACUUCAACUCCGACCGGAAACGCAUGUCCAUCAUCUUGAAGUUUCCAGAUGGUCGUAUUCGUCUAUACUGCAAAGGAGCUGACUCGGUCAUCUACGAGCGACUUUCACCCAAUUCCAAGCACAAGGAGUCAACUCAGAUUGCUUUGGAUAAAUUUGCCAACGAGACCUUGCGAACACUUUGCUUGUGCUACAAAGACAUCAGCAGUAGUGAGUAUGAAGCCUGGUCCAGGAAACACAUGGAGGCUCAGGUCACCUUGAACAACAGAGAUGCUGCCCUCGAUCAUGUGUAUGAGAUGAUUGAGAAAAACCUCAUGCUGAUUGGGGCAACAGCCAUCGAAGACAAACUGCAAGAAGGAGUACCGGAAACCAUCGCUAAACUGGCACAGGCUGAUAUCAAGAUCUGGGUUUUGACUGGAGAUAAGAAAGAAACUGCAGAGAAUAUUGGGUUUUCAUGCUCCCUUUUGACGAAUGACAUGCAACUCCAUUAUGGAGAGAAUGUCAAUGAGAAGUUGAGUCUCCGUCAGGCUAAGCGAAGACACGAGCCUCCCACUGAGAGGCGAGGCAGAAAGAAACUUGCAGAGCCAUUUUUCCCUGAACCAGGCAAAAAUGCACUCAUUAUCACAGGAGGAUGGCUGAACGAAAUUCUGUACGAAAAGAAGAAGAAACGCCGCCGUUUGCGUCUUCGUCGUCUGGGAAAGCGACCGCCUCACAACAACCCUCAGGACGGACAGCCAAUGAACGAAUGGGAGAAGGAGAUGAGACAAAUUGACUUUGUGGACAUGGCCUGUGAGUGUGAAUCAGUCAUUUGCUGUCGGGUGACCCCAAAGCAGAAAGCUAAUGUGGUCAGUUUGGUGAAGAAGUAUAAGAAGGCAGUGACGCUGUCCAUCGGUGAUGGGGCCAAUGAUGUCAACAUGAUUAAAACCGCAGAUAUCGGUGUUGGCAUCAGUGGUCAAGAGGGGAUGCAGGCUGUGAUGUCCAGUGACUUUGCUUUUGCUCAGUUCCGUUACUUGCAACGACUCCUGCUUGUGCACGGACGCUGGUCCUACAUUAGAAUGUGCAAGUUCCUUCGGUUCUUCUUCUUCAAGAACUUUGCGUUCACAUUGGUCCAUUUUUGGUACUCUUUCUUCAGCGGAUACUCUGCACAGGUGGCCUAUGAGGACUGGUUCAUCACGCUCUACAAUCUUUUUUACAGCAGCUUACCUGUUCUUCUAGUUGGACUCCUCGACCAGGAUGUUAAUGACAGACUGAGCCUCAAAUUCCCCAAGCUAUAUCAACCUGGUCAGCAGGGGACCUUGUUCAACUACAAAAACUUCUUCAUCAGCUUGUUCCACGGCAUCUUCGUCUCCCUCAUUAUCUUCUUCAUUCCUUACGGAGCAUUCCUGCGAACCAUGGGACAAGAUGGAGAAGCGCCUUCAGAUUACCAGUCUUUCGCCGUUGUCACCGCCUCAUCACUGAUUUUUGCCGUCAACCUACAGAUCUCCCUGGAUACCUCCUACUGGACCUUUGUCAACUGUUUUGCUGUUUUAGGAAGCAUAGCCAUCUAUUUUGGCAUUAUGUUUGACUUGCACAGUGCUGGAAUUCAUGUCAUCUUUCCUCGCCAUUUUACCUUCACAGGGGCAGCAUCAAACGCUCUCCGCCAGCCUUACUUGUGGUUAACCAUAAUCCUCACAGUGGGAAUCAGCUUGUUGCCAGUCAUCUGCAUCCAGUUCCUACAUAAAGUUAUCUAUCCUUCCGUGGGAGAUAAGAUCCAGAGAAAUAGGAAGAGGUAUGAGUUGGAAAUGCAACAGGAGGCAAAUAAAAGGGCGCCGGCCUUCCAACGUGGCGGACGUUCCCGCCGCUCUGGCUAUGCCUUCUCCCACUCUCGAGGCUAUGCAGACCUCAUCGCCUCUGGGCGGAGCAUUCGGAGACGCCCGGCGUCGCGGGUUAGGCCCCAGAGUGGCAUCAGGGAGGUUUCUGAAAGAGCUGAGAACACUUGAUGAUUGGAGACUAGUGACAAUAUGCUGGAAUUCCCUUUUCUGGAAUCACCAUCGUAGGGGACCAAUCUGCGACAACACUGAUGUCAAGACUGGAAACUCAGCAUAGAAAAGACAUUUAAGUGGAGGUAUAUUUUCAAAUGGAUGUUUAAGUGCUUUUGAAAGUGACAUCACAAAAGAACCGAGGCACUUUCUUCAUCCUCUAUGCACAGACUCUUAUAUGCUAAACCAAAGACAAACAACUGACAUUUUUUGGUCAUGCACCGACAGUGUGACUCGCAAUGUCAUUUAUUUAACUCAGGAUUUUAAAACCUAAAGCUUUAUUUUUUAAGUUAGUUAACCUCACCCAACCCACCUUUCCCCUUUAUCACCACUGCCACAUGGUUCCAGCUCCAUCCUGCACUUGAAAUUAACAUUUCUAUCACAUUUUAUCUCCAUAAUUGAUUCAAUUGUUACAUUUGUUUUUGUCUGUUGAAAUUCUAAAUUGAUGCUCAUUUUUUUCAACACACCUCUAAAAUGUUAUAAUGAAUUAAGGAGGGAUGUUACUACGUCAUAUAUGCAAGGUGGAUUGUUGUAAAGUGUCACUUCAUUUAAUUUGUGAACAUUACUCCUCUGCUGAAUCACGUGCCUGACAGUUCUCACAAUCACUCAUUUUGUAACUUCAAAUGUAAUUCAGUCCAAAUCCUAUUUAUCAUGCCUAAAAAAAAAUCCCAGAUGUAAAAAAUCUUAAUCUUCCCCUUAUUUUAAAUUUUUUGCAUCCUCGUGUGUAAACAUACAAAUGUUUGUUUACAUUAAAUUGUCAUUUCAUUGGCCCUACAAUUUAUUUAUCCGCCACACACAUUUGAGCCAAAACUGAGACAUUGUUGUUCUGUUACUGUUUGCAGAUGUGUUUUUAACCUAAUGAUUAAGGCAGUGUGGUUGUUGGGUUGAGUUGAUAUUUUAUCAUAGUGUUGUUAAUAAAAGUUAUGGGUAUAUGUAUCAA